CUCUGGUCUUGUUACCCUCAGGUCUAUACCUUCCACUCAGCCCCUAGAGGGAAGGUUUAAAGAUGUGAGCCUAAUUCUGUGACUUCUCUGCUUGAAGCCAUCACUGGCACCCCAGGACCUUUGGGACAAGGGACCGGCUUCUGGGCCUGACACUCAAGGCAUCUAGACACUAGCCCUGUUUUCGCCCCGUCCCACCCUUGCCCACGACACCCUGGCACUGUGGCCAUGCAUGUCAAAAUGGGCCUGCUGCUCCUGGUCCUGUUGUUCCUGUUGCCUGGCAUCUCUGGACUGCCCUUCUACAAUGGCUUCUACUACUCCAAUGGCCGGAACCCAGGCAAUGGCUACAGUGAAGGCCUCUUCAAUGGUGUGAAGCUGGUGGUAGAGACACCUGAGGAGACCCUCUUCACCCACCGAGGGGCCAGUGUGACCCUGCCCUGCCAUUACCACUAUGAGCCAGACCUGGUCUCCCCACGGCCUGUGCGCAUCAAAUGGUGGAAACUGUCAGAGAACGGAGCCCCAGAGCAGGAUGUGCUGGUGGCCAUCGGACUGAAGCACCGCUCCUUUGGGGACUACCAAGGCCGGGUGCACCUGCGGCAGGAUAAGGAGCAUGAUGUCUCUCUGGAGAUCCGAGACCUGCGGUUGGAAGACUAUGGGCGCUACCGUUGUGAGGUCAUUGAUGGGCUGGAGGAUGAGAGUGGCCUGGUGGAGCUGGAGCUUCGGGGUGUGGUCUUCCCCUAUCAGCCCCCCCAAGGGCGCUACCAGCUCAACUUCCCCGAGGCCCAGCAGGCCUGCGAGGAGCAGGAUGCGGUGGUGGCCUCCUUUGAGCAGCUCUUCCGGGCCUGGGAGGAGGGCCUGGACUGGUGCAACGCGGGCUGGCUGCAGGACGCCUCGGUGCAGUACCCCAUCAUGCUGCCCCGGCAGCCCUGUGGUGGCCUGGGCCUGGCGCCUGGUGUGCGCAGCUACGGCCCGAGGCACCGCCACCUGCACCGCUAUGACGUGUUCUGCUUUGCUGCUGCUCUCAAGGGACAAGUGUACUACUUAGAGCACCCUGAGAAGCUGACGCUGACACAAGCAAGGGAAGCCUGCCAGGAAGAUAGUGCCCAGAUUGCCAAGGUGGGACAGCUCUUUGCUGCCUGGAAGUUUCGUGGCCUGGACCGCUGUGAUGCUGGCUGGUUGGCAGAUGGCAGUGUCCGUUACCCUGUGGUUCACCCCCGUCUCAACUGUGGCCCCCCAGAGCCUGGUGUCCGAACCUUUGGUUUCCCAGACCCCCAGAACUCCUUGUAUGGUGUCUACUGCUACCGCCAGCACUAGGACCCAGGGCCUGCCCCUGCCUCAUUCCCUAAUGGGCUGUGUAUUUAUUCAGUGGUUCGUUUUUCCUUGUGGGUGGAAAAAUGGGAAAAAUUUUAGUAUUGUUUUUAUACUUAUCAACUUAAAUUUAAAAAUAAUUUUGUUUUUACUAUUUUUU